UUCUACCCCACCCCACUUGCCCAGAAUGAGACACCUUGGCUCAUGCCUGCUGGAAUUUGAACUUGCAUUAUGUAUCUUGGCCUUGAAUCUCAGGAGGAUUUGUCUUCAGUGAAGUGGAAGUUUGCAGAUUCCUUAAAUGAAUUUAAAUUUCAGUGCAUAGGAAAUGCAGAAACAGAUGAUGAGAUGUGUAUCGCAAGGUCUUUGCAGGAGUUUGCCACUGUCCUCAGGAAUCUUGAAGAUGAAUGGAUACAGAUGAUUGAGAAUGCCAGCAAGGUGCUCAUCACUCCCUUAGCGAAGUUUUGAAAGGAGCAGAUCGGAGCCGCCAAGGAAGCCAAAAAGAAGUAUGACAAAGAGAGAAGUAUUGUGACAUUUUAGAAAAACACUUGAAUUUGUCUUCCAAAAAGAAGGAAUCUCAGCUUCAGGAGG